UGUCUUGAGUCUUGAAAUCUGCAUUAGGUAACUCUGAGGUUUUGAAUGUAGUAAUGUUAAAGGUCGUUGAUGAUUUGGGUAUCUUAUCAAAAUUCCGUCUUCCAAUGAUAUUGUAGGUUUCAGUCAGAAUAAAAAAACCAGUUGGAAUCUCAUCCCUACACCAAAUUAAACAUGAAUAAUAUAUAUCGAAUUUUGUUUGUGGUUUUCUUCACAUUUGCAGAAAUUCAUUCGAAUUCAGAAGAUGAUGAUGGUGUGAAAUAUGCUGAUAGAUGUGAAGUAUGCAAAAUCCUUGCAACUGAACUCCAAGAAAGGCUGGAAGAAACAGGAAAAACAAGUGAAGUGAUUGAAACGGGAUAUGCCGUUGAUGAUGUAAAACCAAAAAAAAAGAAGGAAUAUAAAAAGUCGGAGCUGAGAUUAGUUGAGUCACUAGAUGGUGUUUGUGAAAGGAUAUUGAACUACAACAUUCACAAAGAGAGACAAGACAGCACACGGUUCGCCAAAGGCAUGAGCCAAACAUUCCAAACUCUACAUGGCUUGGUUGAUAAAGGAGUCAAAGUGGAAUUGGGAAUCCCUUAUGAGUUGUGGGAUAAACCAAGUGCAGAAAUCACAAAUAUGAAGACACAGUGUGAAACCCUUCUUGAACAAAAUGAAGGAGACAUAGAAGACUGGUAUUUCCAUCACCAAGGGAAGGAAUCUCUGAAGAAAUAUCUCUGUGAAGAUCGUGCUUUGAAAAAUCUAGAUUCCAAAUGCCUAUAUGAAAAUCCUAAGGGAGAUACUGGAAGCAAAAGGCCUGCUUCCAAACAGGAAUUGUAAUUUUAUUUCCAUAUCAAGAUCAAAGUGUGUUUUGUAUUAGUGUAAGUCUUUUUAAGACAAACUUGUGUGAUUAUAGUUAAAUAUACCAUUGGAAUAAUAAAGUGUAAAAAACUGUAUAUUAUUCAA